AUGCAGCCGCUUCGCCAAUUGAGCGGUCGCACUGGGAUGCAAAUGCGCCGCUCCAUCGUCCAGGCAUGUCGCUCGCAACAAUUCACUCGCUCUCUGGUCAAUGGUCCAGUUCGUCGUGAACUGCUGCAGCGCAUGCCAGCGCAAGCAUCCCUCGCAACUCCCGCCAUCAUUCGUCAAUUGAACCACGUCCGUCGCCAAAGCACAACCACCGAACCUCCACCAAAAUCUCCCGCCGCUACUCCUAUUCAAAGAUCUCGUUUCCUCCGUUUCCUGUGGAGAGGUUUCACUGUCCUCGGUAUUUUCGUCGUCGUUUCUGGUGUCCUGGUUGUUGGCUUCUUCGCCUUUGAUGCAACCACAUACAAGGAAGAAUCCGACACGGUUGACAUUGUUGUCUCUGAACUCGCCCUGAACCCUAGAAGAGGAGGUCCUAAGAACCUUCCCAUUGCCGAACACCUUAUCGACGAUGAUGAUUCACCUGAAAAGAAGGCCCAGAAGCACAAGCCCAAGUUGGUCAUCCUCGGUACCGGCUGGGGUAGUGUUGCUCUGCUCAAGCAGCUCAACCCUGAUGACUACCACGUUACUGUUGUCUCUCCGUCCAACUACUUCUUGUUCACUCCUAUGCUUCCCUCUGCCACUGUCGGUACUCUGGAGCUCAGAUCGCUUGUCGAGCCUGUUCGCAGAAUUGUCUCUCGUGUCAAGGGUCAUUUCCUCAAGGCUUCUGCUGAAGAUGUCGAUUUUUCCAACAAGCUCGUCGAGGUAUCGGCAACCAACCCUGAUGGAACCAAGCAAAACUUCUACCUCCCCUAUGAUAAGCUCGUUAUCGGUGUUGGUUCUAUUACCAACCCUCACGGUGUUAAGGGUCUUGAAUACUGCAACUUCCUCAAGGACAUUACCGAUGCACGUCUGAUUCGUAACCAAAUCAUUCGCAACCUCGAGGCCGCUUCCCUUCCUUCUACACCUGAUGAGGAAAGACGUCGCCUGCUCUCUUUCGUUGUUUGCGGCGGUGGUCCUACUGGUGUUGAAUUUGCUGCCGAACUGUUCGACAUGCUCAACGAAGAUCUCUGCAACUACUACCCUCGCAUUCUCAGAAACGAAAUCUCCGUCCAUGUCAUCCAAAGUAGAGGCCACAUUCUCAACACCUACGAUGAGACUCUCUCCAAAUACGCCGAGGCUCGUUUCGCAAAGGACUCUGUCGAUAUUUUGACCAACUCACGUGUCAAGGAGGUUCAAAAGGAUAAAAUUCUCUUCACCCAGAAGGAUGAGAAUGGCAAGACUAUUACAAAGGAAAUUCCCAUGGGCUUCUGCUUGUGGUCAACUGGUGUCGCACAAACCGACUUUUCGAAGAAGCUGGCUGAAAAGCUUGGAGACAACCAGACCAACCGUCAUGCUCUUGAGACCGAUACUCAUCUUCGUCUUGUUGGUGCCCCCAUGGGUGACGUCUACGCCAUUGGAGAUUGCUCGACUGUUCAAAACAAUGUUUCGGAUCACAUCGUUUCCUUCCUACGUACCAUUGCUUGGGAGAAGGGCAAGGAUCCUGAGAAUAUGCUCAUUGGUUAUGGUGAUUGGAGAGGUGUUGCUAAGCGUGUCAAGCAGCGUUUCCCUCAAGCAGCCGAACACUUGAAGCGUCUUGACAAGCUUUUCGAACAGUAUGACAAGGACAAGAGUGGUACUCUUGACUUUAGCGAGUUACAAGAAUUGCUCAAGCAGAUUGAUGGCAAGAUGACAUCUUUGCCUGCAACAGCACAACGCGCCAACCAGCAAGGUAUCUACUUGGGUCGUAAGCUGAACAAGCUCGCUCAAGCUGCUCCUGGUAUGGAGUUGAAUGCCAUGGAUUAUGGUGAUAUUGAUGAUGCCGUUUACAAGACUUUCUCAUACACCAACAUGGGUAGCCUGGCUUAUGUCGGUAAUGCAGCCAUUUUCGACUUUGGCGGUAUGAACUUUGCUGGUGGACUUGCCGCAGUAUAUCUUUGGCGUGCAGUCUACUUCUCGCAGAGUGUCAGUCUUCGUACCAGAAUUCUUCUUGCCAUGGAUUGGACCAAGAGAGCACUUUUCGGAAGAGAUCUCAUGAACUUCUAA